GCCCCGCCCCCUUUGCUCCCAAUUGCCCUCUCCAUUGGAGGAUCUACGCACUAGAGUAGUAGUAACCCCUUCAAUCUGGAUUAUCAACUGCCAUAGGCUGAGUUCCACUGAGGCCCCGCCUUUCGAAGUGGAUAGCCACGCCCCCGAGAAAGAACACGCCCCCCCAACCUCUUUAGUUCUGCCGAGUCCCGCCCCCUGCUGAGUUUCUCCGUAACAUUGGCUUAAUUUCUGCUUUGACCCCGCCCCUUAGACCAGUUCCUUACCACCAUUGGCUGAGCCCCGCCUCCUGCCCCGCCCCCUUCGGCUCCCCGCUCCCAUUGUCUCGGCAGAUGCCGCCUGGUCCAGCUAUCGGGCUGGGUGUUCGGUUUUCGGAGGUCGCGCUCUUUCUCUGGCUGGUGGGGCAGCCCCACGGCCGGGAACUGACUUCCCGAGUUCGGGCGACUCUUCUUUCUUCCUUAGGACCCACUUUACAGUCACAGGGCGGCAGCAGCUAUGUCCGCGCUGCGAUCUCUUCUGCUUCUGCUGCUUCCCCUGUGUCCCGGUCCUGGCCCUGGACCCGGGAGCGAGGCAAAGGUCACCGGGAGUUGCGCUGAGACCCGGCAGGUGCUGGGGGGCCGGGGCUAUAGCUUAAACCUACUCCCUCCCACCCUGAUCUCAGGUGAGCACCUCCGGAUCUGUCCCCAGCAGUACACCUGCUGUACCAGUGAGAUAGAGCAGAGGCUGACCUGGGACUCUGAGGCCACCUUACGAGGCUUGGUGGAGGAGAGUGGCUCCUUCUUGGUUCACACACUGGCUGCCCGACACAGAAAAUUUGAUGAGGUUUUUCGGGAGAUGCUCUCAUCAUCUGAACACUCCUUGGCCCUGCUCUUCCAACGCUCUUAUGGCCGCCACAUGUAUGCUCAGUACACCCCAUCAUUCAGUGGCCUGUUUUCUCGACUGCGGGACUACUAUGAGAGGUCCGGUGAAGGGCUAGAUGAUGCCUUGGUGGACUUCUGGGGGCAGCUCCUGGAGAGAGUGUUCCCCCUGCUGCAUCCACAAUACACCUUCUCCCCUGAAUAUCUGUUCUGCCUCACGCGCCUAGCGUCCUCUGCCGAAGACCUUCUGAAGCCCUUUGGGGACUCACCCCGCCGCCUCCGCCUGCAGGUAUCCCGGGCCCUGGUGGCUGCCCGGGCCUUUAUCCAGGGUCUACAGACUGGAAGAGAUGUGGUCAGCGAAGUGCUUAAGAUGCCCAUGUCUGAAGGCUGCAGGCGGGCAGUGAUGCGUCUGACGGGCUGCCCUUUCUGUCAAGGGUUUCCCUCAUUGCCACCCUGCCGAGACUUCUGCCUCAACGUGGCCCAUGGCUGUCUCAGCGCCCAGGGAUUGGAUCCUGACUGGGGGAGCUAUCUGGAUGGUCUCCUGCUCCUGGCUGAGAAGCUCCAAGGCCCCUUUUCCUUUGAGCUGGCAGCCCAGUCUAUUGGGGUGAAGAUCUCAGAGGGUUUGAUGUAUCUGCAGGAAAACAGUGCAAGGGUGUCAGCCCAGGUGUUUCAGGAAUGCGGUGCCCCCUUACCCACGCUGACCCGCACCCGCAGAGCCCCAGCCCCACGGGAAGAGGCAGGCCGGAUCUGGAACUCGGGGCCAGAGGAGGAGCAGCCCACAUCCUCAGCUAUGGGCUCAGGUCUACACGGGCUGGUGUGGGAGCUCCGCCAGCGGGUGGGCCGGAUCCGGGGCUUCUGGGCCAGGCUGCCCUUGACGGUGUGCGGGGACGCGCGCAUGGCAGCGGACGUCUCGCAGGAGUCGGCGCCCUGCUGGACCGGAAGCGGGCGGGGCCGGUACUUGUCGCCCGUGGUCGGGGCCUCCCCAACUGAGCAGCAAGACAACCCCGAGCUGAAUGGGGAAGACCUGGGUCCCGACCUCCAGACGAGGAGGCGGAGGCUGCAGCUCCGGGCGGCUACGACCAGGAUGAAGGCUGCGGCCUUGGGACGAGACCUGGAACGGGAAGACUGGGAUGAGGACACCAGCGGCUCUGGAGAGGGACAGCACUAUGCGGAUGACUGGAAGGCUGGGACAGCAGCUGUUGCACCACCAGGCCGGCCUCCUCGACCUUCUAGAAAGGAUAGUUCUGGGGGCAAAGGAGGAGGUGUCAUUAUCCGCCACAACCAGGGCAGGAGCAGAAAUGGGGGGGCAUCUGUUGGUUUUCAUACCCAGCCCAUUCUCAUUCUCUUCCUCUCAGCCCUGGCCCUGCUUGGACCUCGAUAACAGGGGAGGGGUGCCCUAGCAUUACAAGGGUUCCUAGCCUUCCCCUCCCCCCCAGCUGGGUCUGGGGAGGAGUUGAAGGGGGCUGAAGAGAGGGUAGAGAAAGGACUUUUUGGAUGAAUGGCUGGGGCCCCGGAUCCAGGAGAUUCCCAUUGGCAGAUCGGGAGGGGUGGGUGUUUACAAUAUUUAUUUUUUCAUUUGGU